AUGUUUCCUCUCAACACCUCAGAAGUUGAAAUCUCCACAUUCCUGUUGAUUGGAAUCCCAGGGCUUGAGCAUAUGUACAUUUGGAUCUCCAUCCCUAUCUGCCUCAUGUACUUCCUGGCCAUCCUGGGCAACUGCACCAUCUUAUUUGUCAUCAAGACAGAGCCUUCCCUGCAGGAGCCCAUGUACUAUUUCCUCUCCAUGCUGGCCCUAUCUGACCUGGGUCUUUCUUUCUCUUCUCUUCCCACCAUGUUGAGGAUCUUCUUAUUCAAUACUGUCGGGAUUUCUGCUGAUGCAUGCUUUGCCCAGGAGUUUUUCAUACAUGGAUUCACAGAUAUGGAGUCCUCGGUGCUCCUGAUCAUGUCUUUUGAUCGCUUUGUAGCCAUUCGCAAUCCCCUGAGAUACAGUUCCAUCCUCACUAGCUCCAGAGUUUUGCAAAUUGGGCUGUCAUUUGCUGUUAAAAGCAUUCUCCUAGUUCUUCCCCUUCCUUUCACUUUAAAGAGACUCAGAUACUGUAAUAAAUGCCUGUUAUCACAUUCCUACUGCCUCCACCAAGAUGUUAUGAAACUGGCCUGCUCUGACAAUAGGGUUAACUUUUACUAUGGCCUAUUUGUUGCUCUCUGCAUGAUGUCAGACAGUGUGUUCAUUGCUAUUUCCUAUGUGUUCAUCCUGAAGACUGUUUUAGGUAUUGCAUCUCAUGGGGAGAGGCUUAAAGCUCUUAACACCUGUGUGUCCCACAUCUGUGCUGUGCUCAUCUUCUAUGUGCCCAUCAUCACCUUAGCUACUAUGCAUCGCUUUGCCAAGCAUAAAUCCCCUUUGGCAAUGAUUCUCAUAGCUGAUGCAUUCUUGCUGGUACCACCCUUGAUGAAUCCCAUUGUGUACUGUGUAAAAACUAGGCAGAUUAGAGUGAAGGUUCUGGGAAAACUGGGUCUGAAGUCUAAAUGA